CCCACGCCGACCUCCGAUCUUCUUCUCCACCACCAUCAUCACCACCAUCACACCCAAUCCACUCCAACAACCCACCACCAAACAAGCGAACAACAAAACUAAACAAAUACCAAAGAGGAAGACAGUGCAAUGGCCCCCUUAGUCCCCAUCUUCUCGGCAUCCUCCCUCCCAGACCACGUCAACACCGUGCAGCGCAACUUCCAAGAAAAGCGUCGCAAAGGCGGGCCCGUCGACCUCGCGCAAUGUCCGCUCUUCGAAAUGACCCAGUACUCGUGUAAUCCGCCGCAGGAGGGGGUUCCGAGGCCGGGUGUUGUGGUGUGCAAGCCUGUUGUGCGGUUAUUUAGGCGGUGUGCCGAGGGUUUAACAGUCGAGACGACGGCGUGGGAGCCUAUACGGGUUGCGGAGGAGAAGGAGGCGAGACAGCGGGUACAGGCGUCAACUCCAUAGGGGAGUUGCGUUGGACAGGCUACAGAACAUAUCAAAGCAUGGAGUCGGCGUUACGGAAGUCAAUUGUACUAUAGG